ACGCUGGCUCGCGUGCAUUGAAAAAGUACAGCGACUCGAUCGGGCUCGGCGAAACAGAAAUUAGUCGUGUUUUUCGCGUAAUUUCCAACUGAAACCGGUAAAAAACUGUGGAAUCGAUCGUUGCGCGUGUGAAAACGAAGAAAAGUACCCGGUGAAAGUGGAAUUUGGCAGUGAAAAGUGACGGCAAAAGUUUUUGUACUCCACUUCGAGGAAGAAGAGCUGCCUGGACAUCUUUCUCUUUGGUUGGAUUUCUGGUGUGAAAUAUUCCGUGUGAAGCGGGAGGUGGGAUAGGUAACGGAGAAGCAGAAGCAACGCACACCCGUCCGCGCCGUAGAAAGUGGAAAAGGGACGAACCGCCAGCCAAACGCCACCGGGAGUGAGUGAGACAACGCGGCAUUACAGAAGAGAAGCGAAGGAAAGCGAAAAAGUGUUGUAUAGCGUUAUAGCGGAGGAAAAAUGGAUGCGGAAUCAAACCUGGCAGAGGUUGCCGUUUCAUCCAACAAUGGUUCAACCUCAGGUGAGCCGAAAGACCCGACUGUUCUAAAGGAGAAGUUGGCGGACGAGUUGAAAUCGGCCGCAUCUCUCAAAGGAGGCGGAGAUGGACCGGCUUUGGAUGUUCCUCUCGAGAAGGAUGAUUUGCUGGAACGGUUAGACAAGAUCGACACCGAUUCCAGCGACGCUGCGGCCAAACCAUCUGGUGCUUCGGCUUCGACAAACGAUGUCGACAUGGAGAACGACGAUCUCAUUCAGAGGUUGGAAGCACUGGAGAAAGGUGAAGAUGAGACUACGACUGCAAAAGAUGCUGCUCCAGAGAAGAAGAAAGACGAAGCAGCUGGAGAGCCCAUUGAAACGAACCAUCAGAAUGGUUUGGACAAGGAAAACGAAGCGGAUUUACUGCAGGAAGAAGUGUCCAAGGAGAAGGUAGAAGAGAAGAUGGAAGUUGAUGGUGAUAAGGCUCCCCUAGACGUUUCUUCUACGGAACCUACGGCGAAUGGUGCUUCAACUGAAGAGCAAAUGGAACAACCAACAAGUUCAGCAAAACGCCGUCAUUCGCAGGAUGAGGAAUCGCAAACUACUGAACCUUCCACUAAGAAGCCUCAUGUUGACGAGGAAGAAGUUGUGGAUGCACCUAAGGUAGUUGAACCUAGUGAACAGAAACCGAAGGAAAAAGUAGAACCAGAGGUGAAGGAACAGCCAAAGGCAGAUGAAACCGAUAAAGAGCCUGCAGAAAAGUCAGAGGAAUCAGCCAAGACUGAAGAGGGUUCUGCUUCUAAGUCUAAUGUUACAGAAGAUAUAACUAAGGAUAAGAAAGAAGAGCAGAUACCUUCGGACAAAUCGGUACCUCCCCCGGAUCUUGAUCCCACGAAAGAUGAAGAACUUUCCAAGGAGAAGAAAGUGGACGAAGCUUCUAAGGAGGAGAAGAAAGUGGACGAAGCUUCUAAGGAGGAGAAGAAAGUGGAAGUAGUUUCCAAGGAGGAGAAGAAACUGGAAGUACCUUCCAAGGAGGAGAAGAAAGUGGAAGAAAUUUCCAAGAAAGAAAAGGAAGUCAAAGAACCUGAAGCACCGAUGGAAGUUGGUAAACCAAGCGAGCAACCCGCUAAGGAUGAUGAAGAUGUAUCAGUUUCUGAACAGAAGGAAGAAGAAGAUUCGACGCCUGCUGUCGUAGAAACUGCAGAGUCCUCGAAAGCUGUUACUGAACCAAAACCUGCUGCUGCCGAAGCGGAAAGUAAAGUUGAUUCAAAACCGGUGGAAGAACAGUUAAAAACAGUAGAAAAGGAAACUAAGGUUGAGGAGAAGGUCGAAGAUGUUGCAGAGAAGAAGCCAAGUGAAGAAAAGGUUGAAGAACUUGUUGUCGAAGUGCAAAAGCCUGCUGCACCCAAAAAGGCUGAGGAUGUUAAAGAAUCGGAGAAAACCAAGCCAGUUGAAGAAGAACCGGCUCCAUCGCAACCAGUUGAAGAUGUUCCUAAACCUACUCAGGAAGAGAAAGCACAACCAGAAUCGCCACCCGAACAACCAGCUCCGGAAGCUGUACCCAAAUCCAAGGAACUUCCAGAUACGGAACCUAACACCGAAUCUUCACAAGAAGAACAGCCAACCAGUUCCUCGCCAGCUGUGGUGGAAGAAAAGACCGAUGAUGCCAUUAGCUCCUCUUCCGAAAAGAAAGAAGAACAAGCCGUUCCCUCUUCAACCGAAGUUGAUUCUGCUGCUACUGCUGCUGCUGUCGAACAACCAGCGGAGAAGCCCUGCGAGACAGAGACUGUUACAAGUUCAGACGAGAAACCUCCUAAAGAGGCUGCUAUAUCUCAGGAAGUUGAUUCCACACCCGAAAAGGCCCCCGUCGCUGCUUCCGAACCAGCUAAUGAUGAUGAACCUAUGGAAGUCGACAGCGAACCUGUUGCCGAAACAUCAUCUAAGAAAGAAGUUUCAGAACCACCAUGCACCAAGAAGGAAGCCUAUGAAUGCACUGAGGAAAGCGCAGAAAAAGCUUCCGCGGCAAAACCACAGGAAGUAGCGGUGGAAGCUGUUCCUGAAUCGGCUUCUGCACCAGUUCCUGUACAAGAAUCGGUUCCGAAAGCAGCUGAACAGGAAGAGGAAAAGAUGGAAGUUGAUUCCGCAGCUCCAACUCAGAGCAAACCGGAUCCGGAUGUCACGGAAAGUAUGAACACUACCAGCGAAGAGCUGAUUGUAUCCAUGGCCAAGGAUGACACUGCCACGGCAGCCGACAGUCAGAGUGAAACAGCAGCCACCGUUUCCGAACACAACAAAAACAUGGAUGCCACGGAAGGUGCUACAGAAGAUUCCAAAGCGGAUGCUUCAAAAACAUUGGAUGACAGUAUCGAAUGUUCCUUGCCGACUUCCAGCUCGGACAAAAUGGCCGAUCGGUUAAAGCAACGGUUGGAUCUCAUUUCCAACGGCAGCAGCACGCCAAAUGCCGCCGUUAGCUCUAGCAACGUUUACAACUCCACUCCCAUCCAGAAACAGUUCGAAAUCAGCUCGGAAAAUGUCAGCAAAAUCUCCCGGAAUUCGGUGGACAACAGCCACCAGGCGGACGAGGAACACAGCGCUAUUACAGUGGGUGAUCAGUCCUCCAUUUCGGAAGAAAAGGAGGCAGCCGUUGCUUCUACUUCCGGUGUUUCGAAGCCUCCCGCAGAAGUCAAGAAACAGCUAGUGACCGAUACAAGUGAUGAUACAAGCGUUACCAUCAAAGACGGAAGCAGCUUGAAAACAGAAUCCUCGGAGGUUGAUUCGUGCACAGCUUCAUCCGCUCUCAACACGGCCGAUGAAAUCAACAUGUAUGCCACCAACGCUCGGAAGUUCAAUGGCAUUUCUUCCACUUCCGGUUCUGAACUGGAGGAUAAAUCUACCAUCACUCCGACUAAUGUUUCCACGACAGACGCUCCCUCAACGGUGGUCAACAAGUUGGAUCUUACACCGACCCUCACGUCCGAGGAGACACUUUACGAAGUCAGUGUUUGGUUUGAUGGAACCGAACUGCAGUUCUUAUCCAUUGAGAAACUGGAAAACAAAUCAUCAACUUCGGGUGCAACGGCAGGUUCAACGCAGGAUCUAACUGGAAUCGAUUCCUCCAAACAGUCCUCCAAUGGGAGCGUCGGCAGCUUAGGUCCGUUCUCUCUUCCUCCAGCACGUCCUGCAGCCGAUUCGGCUAUGUCGCAUUCCACCGCCACGGAAACCUCCUCCGGAACCAGUCAACUGAAGCCCUCGCUGCCGAAAAUGAAGCACACUGUACGGGGCGCCAAGGCGCUGGCGACUCUAAUGAUCGAAGAGUUCACUAAGAUCAAGCGGGCAUUGAGCAAGGACGAUGAAGUAUCCGAUAAUGAGCCGGAGACACCGAUGAAGACGCCAAAAGGACGACCAGGAUCAGUUGCCAAAAAAGCAGCAACUCCCUCCGCACGAGGUCAGAAGCGAUCACGUACUGACUCGGAUGCAACUGAGGAAGAACUGUCUAAAUCUAAACAAGCGGCCAAACAGGCAAAGAAGGGAUCAAAGGUAGAAAGCAGCUCACCAUCAGAAACAACCGGAACCGCUGAACCCCCCGCCAAGAAAGAAGACGAACAGUGCUGUUUGGCGCGGUGGACUGAUCGGAAGUACUACGCUGGAAGGGUUACGGGAUACAAGGGAGACAACAAAUUCAUGGUCGUGUUUGAGGACGGUGCUUCCAAGGCGCUCUCCAAGGACGUGAUCGUAUUUGGCGACAUGGAUACCCUGCCUAUCAUGGGCCAUUCGAUCCAUGCCCUCACCGGUGGUGAUACGUACGAACCGGGUAUCGUACAGGAACUAAAGCGAAACGAAUCCGACGAAGUGGUCUAUAGCGUACAAAUCGCCACCGGAACCGUCGAAGUGACGGCCUCCGAUAUGUAUCUCACCGAUGAGCAAGCCAAGUACAUCAACAAGGCAUGCAAAGCGGCCGAAGCCGCUGACGAGAAGAACACCUCGAUGCAGUCGCCCCGGGGAGCAAACACACCGGUUAUGCAAACACCAGAAGAAGCAUCGGGUGCAGCAAGCGCGGAGAAGGGCUCGCGGUCAACGCGUAGGCGAGGCGCAGACAAACCACAGACACCAGUCACGCCGGAGGCAGGCUACUCGGGCGGUGUGGGCAAGAAGGGACGCCGGGGUCGAAGGCUUUCGUAAAUCCAUUGCGAUGCACAUCCUGCGUUUUAGAAACCAGAACAAGUAGUUGGUUAAAAGAAAAAUUACUACUACAAUAUGCAGAUAAAAAAAAAUAACAAAAAACAACAACAGUACACUUUAUAGUCAAUAGGGCAAAAGUAACUUUUAGCUAUAUUCGAAUCAUAAUCAGAGUCGAGAGGUGAAGCAAAAGAGAAUCUGUUUACAAAAAAAAGCAACAACCAGAGGAGAGAAGAAUAAUGUUUUAAAACACUUGACACAACCCGCCAGAGAGUCACCGUCAACCAAUCGAGUAUUUAGUAUUAUCGAAUCAACGUAUAAUCCAAUGAGAGUAUUCAAAAUUUAAAACGGAGCGUUACUAUCCCUGGUAGUGAAUGCAAAGAAAGUAAGACAAGUGCAUGGGAUAUCAACUAUUUCUCGCAUUAGGCGUGGCCGUAGCAGAACAUUCAGGUUUGAAUGUGUCGUGUUUUCAAGCAACUCCGCCAGCUGCAUUUACCGGAAAGCAAGCCCCCUGCUUUCUCUACGCUCUGUUGACGAAGAAAAUAAAAAAGGACCGAGCACACUGAUCGAAACGCGCGAACAGAAUCUGGUCAACAUUUUUGGCAUUCCUUCAAAACAACAAAUUACAGCAUACUAACGACUUUUAGGAAUCUUGACUUACUGAGAUAGUUCUUGCAAAAUAUUUUGUUUGUACGGUGUAGAAUUAGUUUUAUUCAAUUUAUGGAUAGUUUCAUAUUCGGGCUGCUAGGAAGAAGAACACUGUGUUCUCUUAUUUAUCUAAGAUAGAGAGUGUAAACUACUACUAACUAAUACCGCAUCUGUUUAAAAUGUGUACCAUUUAGCGGCUAGGUUUGACGACGACAGGAAAAGAGAGUUUUUAGAUAUUGGAAAUCUAAACAUGUUUCGUAAGUCCAAACAAAUGCUACAAUCUGUGUUCGAGAAUAAAAGAACGAUACGCAUAUACGGUUUGGUUGUACUAUUUAAUUUCUUCCACAUUGCCAACGAAUCUUUUUUUUUUCCACGAAAGCGCUACAAUGAUUAUGCUACAAUGUGACUGGGAAAUCAUUUUUUGCGAAAACGAAGUUCGUUGCUGUAAUUUUGAUUUACGGAAAUUGUCGCAAAAUCAUCGAUGGCACGAGCCAAUUCGGAAUCGACUGAGCAGAAGCAAUGUUCUAGUACACGCAGGCGGGUAAUGGCGAUUCCGAUUCCGAAAAGAAUAUCCUUCUUGACAGAA